AUGAACAGGAUACGGUCCGACAAUGCUAAGGCCCAGUGCAACCAGAGGGUCAAGGAUAUCUACAGGACCUUUUGCAUCGACGACUGGCACUCUGAGGCCUACAAGGGCAACCAAAACUUUGCUGAGUUGGGCUGGAGGGAUACGAAAGCAAAGAUCCAAAUGGUACUGGACACCCGGGAUGUCCCCUCUGAGUGCUGGCUCUUGUGUGGACAGUUCAUAUCCACCCUACAGAACCACAUCGCCCUGGAAUGCCUUGGUUGGCGCACACCUUUUGAGUGGCUGUUCGGUUUCACACCGGAUAUCUCAGCCCUUAUUCAGUUUGAGUUCUACGAACCUGUAUAUUACCAGAAGUACGGUGGUUCAUUUCCAGAAGAUUCUGUUGAGGCGGUGGGUCGGUUUGUCGGUGUAGCGGAGGACGUGGGUCAUGGGAUGACUUACAAGAUAUUGACGGAGUCAGGCAAGGUCAUAUGCAGGGCGGUGGCCAGGACGGCAAGGAAGGGAGCUGAACUCAGCAACUGGAAGGCCGAUGGACUAGCCCCGAAACUGGCCCCCAAGCCAAAGCCAAUCUCAGGACAGAAGGCUCCACAAGCGAAGCUGACCUUGUAG